UUGAUUUGCCAACCUUGGUGGCUCCUCGCUUUGUUAGGCGUGGGGUUAAAGCGGUUAAAUUGACCGAGCUGAGAUUCCUAGAGGGACCCCAGUUUAUUUAUCGGCGCCCCCUUCCUUUUCCUGCCGCUGCCUCUCUAUGGCUGGAUAAUAAUAAAUAAGAAAAUAAUAAAAAGGAGAAGCAGCCUUUUGCAUGGUCUAAACUUGGGUGGAUCUCUGGGAUCUCCUGCAAGGGAGAAGCCGCAGCAGAGGCAGACGCUGGAAAGAGUACAUUAAAUAAUGCCAAGACCGCGGACGUUUCCUAUUUCUGAGGUGACCCCUUUGCUUGUUGAAGAAAGGGAAGCAAUAGUGCAGGAGAAUGGAAAAAUUUCUGGAAGAAACCACAUGGUUUGGAGAAGACUUAGUGAGAAACUUGCAAAGAAGAAAAUCGACAUUUCUGCAUACAAUCUGUACCUAGCUGUCCUCGGGGGUCACUAUGAGGUCUACCAGACCUUGGGAAUUUGUACAGAACCUGCUGCUUCUGACCAGGGAAAUCAUGAGCAUUCAUCAACUUUAUGCUCUGAUGAGUCCAGAGAACACAAUAUGCAUGGAAGCACUGAGGAAAGCGAGGAGGAGUACUUUUUGAGCAAUCAAAAAAUUGCUGAUGAAACUCUGGACAGAAAGAAAUUCACAGUCACAUUUUCUACAGAGCAAUGGGCUGAGAUUUCACCAGAAGAUGUGACUUACAGGAGCAGGAGAGAGAACUUCAUUCGAACCUACAAUAUAGAACUUGAGAAGAAAUUUGCAGAACCAAACAAAAUGGAAGAACUGGGCCUAGCGGGCCCUGAGGCCAAAGAAGAAUUGGAGGCAGGAAGACAAGAUCUUUGUGUUGUUCAGGUUGGGACCAUCCAGGAGCUUCUGACCAGGGCAGCCCCACCACAAAUUAAAAAGGAACCAGAUGAGGCGCUUCAACAGCACUGGGAGACCCAGUGGCAGGACUUCCUGAGGAGGAUGCAGUCUCCUCAGUCAGGAUGGGGGCAGCAGAGCCCACGUCUGCCUCAGCUCUGGUCAAAGGACAAUUCUGAGGACUUCCAGGCCUCCGUCAAGGCCAUUGUGGAUACCAUCCGGUGGCCUGCAGGAGAGCGCAUGGCCCAGCCCUUGCCAGGCCUACUCAGAGAGUCCAAUGAGGCCGGUCAAAGGCUGGAUCCUUCUGUGAAAGUGAAGGAAGAGGUUCCGGAUGAGGAAGACGCCGCCAGCUUGGAGUUGCGUUGCCGGCGCUUCCGGCGGUUUGGCUACAAGGAGGCUGAGGGACCCCGAGAGGGCUUGAGCCGACUCCGUGAACUUUGCCACCGGUGGCUGGCACCGGAUACACAUACCAAAGAGCAGAUUCUGGAUCUGGUGACCUUGGAGCAGUUCCUGGCCAUCCUGCCUCCGGAAAUGCAGAGCUGGGUGAGAGAACGGGGCCCCGAGACCUGCGCCCGAGCGGUGGCCCUGGCAGAGGAUUUCUUGCUGAGGCUGUGUGAGGUCAAGGUGCCAGGACGAAAGGUACAGGGGCCUUUGGACGAGGCAGCUGCUAAUUCCCCCAAGGCAGAAUGGGAUCCGUCAAACGCCACCAUGGAGUCGCCUCUGCCCAUGGAGGUCAAGCCGGAGGAGGAUGAAGCUGAUGGGCACAUUUGGAUGGACUUUGGCUUGCAAAGACCCAAGAAAGUUGAUGGGAUGCCAUUGACAAGAGCCAAAGGGGGGUUACCCCAGGGUCCGGAGGAGCUAGAAGAGUUGGCGGGGAGAGAGAUGUCCCCCUCAGAACAGCCAGAGGAGACAGAAGGCAGAGCUUUCCCAUAUAACAAAGGUUUCAAUGGGUGUCCCUCCCAAAAGGGCCUUCUGGAAGUUGUGGGAGAGAAAACAGGCUUUAGCGGCGAGAAAAGCUGCCCUCCGAGAGCGGACCUUCCCAAGAAAGCCCAGAAGAUGUACGAAUGCGCCUACUGCGGCAAAAUCUGCAACAGCAGCGCCCACCUGGUGAUCCACGAGAGAAUCCACACGGGCGAGAAGCCGCAUAAAUGCUCCGAGUGCGGGAAAAGCUUCACCCAGAAAGGAAACCUUACCACACACAAGAGGAUCCACAUGGGGGAGAAGCCCCACGAGUGCCGGGACUGCGGGAAAAGCUUCAGCCGGAGGCAACAGCUCAUGAGGCAUGAGAGGAUCCACUCGGGAGAGAAGCCCUACAGAUGUGCCGUCUGCGGGAAAAGCUUCUGCCGGAAGGACUCUCUCAUCACCCACAAGGGGACGCAUGUGCAGGAGAAGCCCUUCGAGUGCUCAGACUUUGGGGAAGGCUUCCCUUCUAAUGCUGGACUUCAAAAAACGUAAUAUAUUCAUGCACACCAGAUCAUAGACAUGUUCAUAAUGGGGGAUUUGACUGUAUUGACACCCAGGAUAGUUAAUUAAUGACUGGAGUGUCAGACUGGGACUGGGGUGACACUCUGCCUGGCCUACCUCGUAGGGUUGGUGUGAGGCUCAAAUGGGCAGUGGCAGAACACCGUGCUGCCCUAAGCUCCGUAGAGGAACCUCCCCAAACCUGCUGCCCUUCGGAUAUUUUUUGGGACUACAACUCCCCAGGUCAGGAAGGGGUGGUGGUUUAAUGAGAGAGAAAAUCCUUGCUAGAUUGGGCCAAAGACAUCCCUGUUCUCACAGGGGCCAAACUUGGGGAAAGCAUUCCUCUUGGGUGGUGGGGGGCUGGGAGCCCUCAAGCUCCCAGGUGCAAGAGUGCUCUCUCCCCACUUGCGAUUCCCAGUAAUUGGGUAUACAGCGGCAUACUGCCUCCAAAAUACUGCCAUGAAUAGGCCAAUAAUGAAAUCACCUAACCCUCUUCUUUAAACAAAUCGUUUUUAUUAAAUAUUUUUGGGUUACAUAAGUACGUACAUCACCUUUGUUUUCAGAUCAUAAAGUCCUUUCUACAGAUCAGUUAUAUUUGAUGUGAGACGUUAAAUGUUAAAGCCAUCCUGCUUCUGGUGUUGUUGUUUUUUUAAUUAACCCUGCUUUGGCUCUUUGUAAACAUGUUUUUAUGGGAGUUCCGAAAUUCGAUAUUCACAAUCCCCCCACCCACCCCCCGUCCGGGUUGACAGGACUGAGCAGGGAAUAAAUAAAGACCUAGGGGUUGAAA